GGUAUUAAAUUACGAGAAAGUACGGGUAUGGGAACUACCAUCACGCUUGGCGUACAGGUAGCGAACCUAGACGCGAAAAGCCGAGAGGAGGUUCUCCUCACAGCUCUUGCGACAAGAUAUAGGGUUAGGGUUCCGUCGCCAUGGCCGGCGCUGGCAUGCACCCCUACCACCAGCAGUGGGUGCCACCGCCACAGCCGCCACCGCCGGCAGCCCCUUCUAUCCCCGUCGAAAACCCUAAUCGCACCACUGCCGACGAGGUUCGGACGAUCUUUAUCUCGGGUCUUCCGGGAGACGUAAAGGAGAGGGAGCUUCAUAACCUCUUGAGGUGGUUGCCGGGGUUUGAGGCGUCUCAGAUCAACUUCAAAGCGGAGCAGCCCAUGGGGUUCGCCCUCUUCUCCACCCCCCAGCACGCCAUGGCGGCCAAGAACGCGCUUCAGGACUUGGUGUUCGAUGCUGAGACAAAGUCUGUCUUGCACACAGAGAUGGCAAAGAAGAAUCUUUUUGUCAAGAGAGGUGUCGUGGCUGACUCGAACUCUAUUGACCAAAGUAAACGCCUGCGAACUGGUGGGGACUAUACUCAUGGAGGCUAUCCUCCACCUUUUCACCCUCCACCACCACCUCCAGUGUGGGGGAACCCAGGAUAUAUGGCUCCACCUGCUCCGUAUGACCCAUAUGGAGGUUAUCCAGUACCUCAAGUGUCCAUGCCUACCCCUGCUCCUGUGCCGGCACCCAGUGGCUAUGCUCCUGUUCAGAAUACAAAAGACAAUCCUCCAUGCAAUACUCUUUUUAUUGGCAAUCUGGGCGAGAAUGUAAAUGAGGAAGAACUUAGGGGCCUUUUUAGUGUGCAACCUGGUUACAAACAAAUGAAGAUCUUGCAUCAGGAGAGAAAUACUGUUUGCUUCAUUGAGUUUGAGGAUGUGAACAGUGCCACAACUGUUCACCAGAAUCUGCAGGGUGCUGUUCUUCCUAGCUCUGGUCGUGGUGGCAUGCGAAUACAAUUUUCAAAGAACCCUUUUGGACGGAGGAAGGAUUCAGUUAAUGGGUCUGCAGCUGAGCACAAUGGAGCUCCUACUACCUACCAGCUGAAACUUGAAGGGAUGUAUCUUGCUUCUUAAGCUUCCCUCAUGAAGAUAACAAAAUAGGAAUGGAUCCCAUCAUGGAAAUUAUGCUGUUUGCACUCACAUCAUAAGUCAUCAUCAGCAUCCUUGACUGAAUGCACCUGUUAUAAUGAGUGCCAUUACCAUCUUCCAUGAGUUGAAGUCUCUUGGGGCAUCAUCUUCUGUUAUGAAAUGUGCAUUGGCAUCAUCAGCAUAAUUAAUUAGUGUUUGCUUAGCUUAAUUAACUAUUUGCACUUGAAGGGGGCAGAUGUGCAUGGACAUCAGCGACAUGGAUUAAUUAGUACCCUUUUAAUUCUACUAUAAAUGCAGUUGAAUGAUGCAAAUUUUGCUUGACUCAUCAUAUAUUAUAUGCUGGAAAUUUAUCAUGCUUGCAUCAGCCUUAGAACUUGAUCUUCAAAUGGCACCUUACCCUCUCAAUACCAUUACAUCGGAGGAUAACGCUCAAAUUCAUGUCAUUUCAUGGCAUAUUCUUAGCUCAAGAGCGUGGAGCAUUAUCAUCAAUUCAUAUUCUCCAGUUCAUCCGUCCAUGCUUCUGUUUAGCAUGAAACUGAUCAGUAUGUUCUUACCUCCAGGCUAAGCAUAAAGCCAAAAUUGGAAAGAUUUGCUGGUGUGAUCUAUAUGCAGGAUUUGUUUUACAGAUGACGAAGCGCCAUGCAAAAUGGUAGUACCUGGGGGCAGUCAGAGCUUGCUGUUUAUAAUGCACUUAUGUGCAACUUAAACAUACAUGCCCUCGGAUGAUGGAAUUCUAGCUCAGGUAUGGCUUCUUGCUUGGAUGAUAGAUUUUAGCUCAGAUUCCAAGGUGGUUUCAGAAUUAGCAACAACCGAGCAACAAGAAACUAGCCAAAAGGUUCCUGUUCAUUUCACGGAUAUCUAGUUGACUGCAUGGUCAAAGCCGGUAACCUGGCCAGCGUUUGGAGAAAUUGGUGUCAUCCUCUGGUGCCUGGUAACUGUAGAACAAUCUUAAUUGAUGUGUACAUUACCUGAUUAUUAGGUGCAAAUAACACAUUGUUCACUAUUCAGAAUAUUGAAUUUUUAAAAGUAGUUCUGGAAGAUGGUUGUAU